ACACAGCCAAACACUGCCCUGCCUAACCACACAGGAGAUUUCUUCAACAAAUAUUUUGUGGAUUUUUGUGCAGAAAUCUGAAAUGUAACCCAAACUCUAAUAAUUGGACCUUUUCACGUUUUGUAUUUUUUUUAUUUAGACAAUCGUAGAUUUUUUUAAUGAUGAUUUGUUGAUUUUGGUCAGAUUUUUGCCUCCUAAUCUGAGAGUGUAGAGAUUGGUAUGUUGUGUGUGUGUGACUGAGUGUUGAUGGAGGUUUCAGUAAGAGCCGUGUCUGUAUCGCCCAGCAGCAUCAUCAUUUGUGUGAACUGAGAGUGGAUGGAGUCUUAAUCCCCGUUAACAGAUUCAUUAUCGCUGGGCACAAUCGUGUCGCUGCCUUGUUGUGGAGUCGCCUGGCUGAACGAUCUGCUGCCUGAAUGGGGUUCUGACAUGACGAUAAGGGUCCCUCUGGGGUGUCUUCUCAAUCCUAAUCCCUCUCUCUCCUCCCUCUCUCUCCUCUCUCUCUUGCGCUGAGGGCUCCUCUCUUUUCCAUCAACACAAGCACCUCUCACUGUUACCAGACAACCAUCCAAUCACAGGCUGUUUAAUAUUUCAAAAACAGACCUUGUUAUUUAUUUACAUUUUAUGUAUUUUUGGGGUUCAUGUCCCCUAAACCUAUAUCUUUCAGGAUGAGUUUUUUUCCCCAAGAGGAUCCAGCGCUGAUGGUUGGCAACGGUAUACCUCAGUGAGUGUGUAGAUAUUUGACAGAACACCAGAGAAGAGCAAGAGAUAGCAGAACGCCCUCCCAACGCUACAGUCAAAGUUCCUUUCAACAGGGUGGAGGAGGGGGGGUUAGGCGAUAGAGUAUGGCUGCCAUGGCGACCGUGCCCAGCUACACCCCUUCGCUAUGGGUGAGGAUGUGCCACGCCCUCCCCCGGCUGGACCUCACCAUGACGAUGAGAGACAACCUAUUCAUCCCAGACAGCUGGGAGUACCAACAGACUCUACUGGUCCUCUCUAGUCUUUCGGCCAUUGCUCUCGUUCUCUCCCUCCUCGUCAUUAUCUCCUUCCUUAUACACUACUGCUGCUGUCGCCGUGGUGACCGGAGUGAGGGAUCUGAGGAAGAGGAGGAGGAUGAAGAGGGCAGCACUGGCCAUGGAUACGGAGGCAAGAAAGGGCGGGGUAUCUGCUGCGUCACCUGGGUGUCGGUGGCGGCUGUCACACUGUGCUGUGUUGCCAUAGGCGUUGGUUUCUAUGGCAACAGCGAGGCUAAUGAUGGGAUAUAUCAGUUGACCUCAUCUCUUCUCACAGCCAAUUACACACUGGCUUCCAUCGAUCUGCUGGUUUCAGACACAAUCUCUGGGCUACAGCUGUCCAUCGCUGGGCCCCUGACCACUAUGGAGGAGCUGUUUACAGGCAGUAAGCCCUACUUGGUGUCCACCCGGAACUGUAGGAGACUGUCAGAGAACGUGGUGUCCCUGCUCACCUCUCUGACCAUGGCUCGCUCCUCUGACGGGGGUGCCUGGAACAGCAGUAACAAUAGGGGAGAUCCUCCCAUAGCGGCCCUCACCCCUGUGCCCCCCUCCAUGGCCCCCACAGUGGCACCAGUCGGAGGGGUCAUGCCAAGCCCCUUCUCCCCUGGCUGGGCAGCCAACACACUGAUGGUCAACGAGGACUACAGAUGGCUGUCCUACGUGCUGCUGUUGCUGUUGGACCUCCUAGUGUGUCUGUUCAUCCUGCUGGGGCUAGCCAAACAGGCCCGCUGGCUCCUCAUCCUGAUGACGGUGCUGGCCUGGCUGGCUCUGUUCCUGAGCUGGGGGUCCCUGGGCCUGGAGACUGCCACUGUGGUGUCUGUCAGUGACUUCUGUACAGAUCCUAACACCUUUGUGCUCAACUCCACCCACUUCAACUCUGGGACCAGCUCAGAUGUGUUGGAUUAUUACCUGACCUGCAGCAGACGUAUGAACAGCCCUUUCCAGCAGCUGCUGACCCAGUCACAGAGGGCCCUUUCCAGCAUCCACACACACCUAUCCAGCCUGGAACGGAAUGCUCUCCCACAGGUCCCCAAGGCAGAGAAGUCACUCAGGGAGGUUCAGCAGAUUCUCAAUGCCACAGAGGGCAACUUUCACCAGCUGGUGGCGCUACUCCACUGUCGAGGUCUCAACAAGGAUUAUAUUGACUCUUUGAAAGGCCUGUGCUCUGAUGGGAUGGAGGGAUUGCUCUACCUCUCCCUCUACUCUUUCCUUUCGGCUCUGGCCUUCACUGCCAUCCUCUGUUCCCUGCCCGGCGCCUGGAGAAGCUUCCCCAGAGAUUCCGAGGAGUAUGAAGAUUCAGACAGCGAGAGCGAGGACCCCUUCACUUCCCAUCAGGCACGUAGACAGCCGGCCGUGGGGUCUCAGCGAGGGGUCUUGCCCCCCUUCUAUAAUUACCAGGGGGCCGGGUGGACUCCUCCAUUUUCUAGCGCGCCACCCCUCCCUACUCUCCCAGCAUGCUGACUGGUUACGGGGGUAGUCAAACACACCCCAACUCCGCCCAUUCAAGGAACCUGUAUUCACGCUAAUUUUUUUUUAUGUUUAAAAAAGUAUAGAAUUCUUUUUAGUUUUCUUAUGGACACUUUAUUGAGAUUAAGAAAAAAUAACUAAUCCCCAAAAAUCGAGCUUUAGAUGUAAAUUAAAGGUGCGUAAUGUCAGUACCAACAAGGUUGAAUGGCCUGCUGUAGAACCUCACAGUAAGCUAAUGUCAAAUAGAUACAGUAGGUAGCAUGAUUAUGAAGAGGUCUGAACCAGGUUCACUCGGUCAAAGUCACCCCUUACAAUCCCCCUUGUCUGUCCAGUGUCAACAGUUGCGAGGCGAGCCAGAAUGGUAUUGACAUUACAACAUUGUAGUUCUAUAUUUUUUAAAUGUAGCACCAGUUUAUUUUCACGUUUUUAUAUCUAUAUCUUGUUGUAGAGAAACACUGACACAUAGAAACAAGACACAUUUUUGGGUGAAUGAAUAUGCAGUCUCCUCACUUGGUAUUCAACGUGCAAUUUUUAUUUGAUUUACUUUUUAUAGGUGAAAAUUCUGUACCUCGUAUUACCUUCUGAUACUAUACUGUACAUUUCACUGUUGAUGACAUUAUCUAAAUCAGGGAUGGGCAACUCCUGUCCUUGGGGCCGGAGUGGUGAAUAAACUAAUUGCAUUCUAAACUGAAGAUCAUGAUUAGGCGAUUAUUGGAGUCCGGUGCAGAAGGGACACCAAGUCCCCAAGGACUGGAGUUGCCCAUCCCCUCAUGAAACUUUGCUCUUAAAAAGAACAUUCAAGAGAGGGCUAUAGUACCACCUCUUUGUAGGCUGAAUUGAGAACUACAACUCCCAUCCAACCACGAGACCGUUAGAACUACAAAUACCAUGCAAUGACAGCAGGCACAUAGCAAUAAAACUCCUGCCACUGGUGCAGCAGUAGCCCUACCGUAAAUAGCAAUAAUAACUAUAUACCAGUGUGUUUCUGGGGUCUCUAUAGGAUGUUAUGUAAAUAUGUGAUGUCAGAUUUCAUUGAACACCCUCCUUGCCUACUGACCUUGUUAACCCUUGAAUUGCGUUUGUAUGGUAUAAUCAAUGCUCCUUUUGAAUGGCAUCCUUUUUCACUCCAGAGUCUAAUAUAAAUAAAAUAACAAUGAAUAAA